AUGAUCAAAACAAGCAGAAUCGUGUAUUUAAUAUUCCUGAUAAAACUUACAAUUUCACAAAUACACCAUAGACGUAGUGAUAUCACAUUAAAUACUGAAAAACUGAAUCAAUUAGGAAGCCAAGGUCAACUAUUAUUACGACACAUAGCUUUAACAACGCAUAGCUGUGGCAUAGCUGAAGUACCUAGAUUUAGACGCAAAUUCUUAAAGCAUAGCAGUGCGACAUGUAAUGAUGGCAGUCCGUCAGGUUAUUAUAUACGAAAAUCACAUGGCAGUUCAAAGUGGAUCGUUUUCUUAGAAGGCGGGUGGUAUUGUUUUGAUCAAAUCAGCUGUUCAGAAAGAUUGAGAAUGAUGAAUGAUUAUAUGAGCUCUAGAAGCUGGCCACGUCACAGAAAAGGUAGUGGAAUAUUAUCGUGGAAUCCAGAAGAUAAUCCCUAUUACUUUCGUGCUAAUAUGGUAAUCAUUCCAUAUUGUUCCAGUGACUCUUGGAGUGGUACCAGAAAUUCAUCAUCCAAAAGUAGGGAUACUGUUAGUGAAUUUUCGUUUAUGGGAUCAUUAAUUUUAGAAGAAGUUAUAAAAGAGUUAUUAAAGAAGGGAUUAAGGAAUGCUAAGAAAAUGUUGCUAGUUGGUAGUAGUGCCGGCGGUACAGGUGUAUUAAUAAAUUUAGACAGAGUAGCAGACCAAGUGAGGAAAAGAGCUCCAAAGGUAGAAGUACGUGGUGUGGUUGAUGCUGGGUGGUUUUUAGAUAAUGAACCAUUUAAACCUAGUCCAUGUCGUGAUGCUUAUACUUGUUCACCAACUGUAGGAAUCAGUAAAGGCGUAGAAGUAUGGAAACCAAGAUUACCAGAAGAAUGUGUUCAGAAAUAUCCAACUGAAAUUUGGAGAUGUUACUUCGGACAUCGUGUCUAUCCUUCAAUAAAGACACCAGUAUAUAUAAUACAGAAUCUAUAUGAUGCUGCCCAGAUUAAGGUAGAUAAUGUAUUCAGUGGUUUUGGUAGAUCUGAGAUGGGAAGUGACCAAUGGUCGUAUUUAUUAAGACUUGGUGAAGAAGUUAAACUGAGUUUGAAGAACGCAUCAGCUGUAUUCGCCUCUGCUUGUGUUUCUCAUGAUAUUUUACUCAAGAGUGAAUGGCAUAAGAUGGAAAUUAGUGGUGAAAAUCUAGCUAAAUCAGUUUAUUGCUGGGAAGAGAGUAAUUAUGGAGAUAGAGAUAGACGAGAAUCAAGAUCUAGCUGUAAACAUCAACUACUAGAUAGUUGUCCUUGGCCACAUUGUAACUGUUCUUGUCCAAAAUGGCGAUUUCACGGCACGAAUGAGAUCAAUCAGUAUUUUAUGAAAAAUCUGGCAAAAGUGAUGGGAAUUGAACCCAGUAAAAUGGAAAAUAUUCAUUUGUGUGGAUACUGA